AUGCAAUCAACCGAAGAAGGUCAAAGACCUAAUGACACAACAUUUAACCACCCCAACUAGGAAAUUGGAAUGACCCUCGCAAUGGCUGACUUUCUCGACGAAAAUUUCGUUGAAAGCGUCACGGCUGGCCACCAAAGUGCACAGAAAGACAAAAUGGCUAAAAGUCUGCGUUCAAAGUUCAAGCGGAAGAUGCGCUCAAUAGCCAGAGCGAAAAAAGCUCCUAAAGAACGGAUUCUUCUUGAUGCGGCAGUUGCCCGAAGAGAGGCCUAUGAACUAGAACAAGCAGCCAAGGAAGAUGAAGCUGCAAAAAACGCUCCUGGCACGGACAAGCUCGAAACGAUGGAUGACACAGGCGAGGGCACCGCCAAGAAAGCCACCAUAAACCUGAAGACGAUGAAGCGAGCCGAUGGAACGUACCCUCCAUGGUUGAGCGGAUCGUGA